AUGAAUGUGAGUUGAGACUGAGAAAGAUGGAUUUUUUUUAUACACGCUUUAUGCAUUGGUACACAGGCUCUAUCUAAAAGCCUCUUUAGGGUAUUUAUGAAAAACAUUUACUCAUGCUAAUCCAUUUAAAAUAUAACUUCACCCAGUGAGGCUGUCAUGCUUUGCUCUGUCCCUCUGAAUCCAUUAUCAGUGGCUGUUUAGACACGGAGACAGUGUUUAGACACAGUGCCAAUACCACAGCCAGCCAGGGCAGCUGCUGCCUCAGAGUAACUAACAACAUCUCUCUCUCUCUCCUCUCUCUCUCUCUCUCUCUCUCUCUCUCUCUCUCUCUCUCUCUCUCACACUCCCUCCCUCCAUCUAAUCUAUCCCUCUCUCCCUCUCUCCCUCCUCUCACUGUCAUCCUCCACACAGGAAGCUGAUCUAGCAGAAGCCUCAGUCCACAGCCAUCCAGGCAGGAUGACAGAGGGGGUGGAGGUGGAGGGCAGACAGAGCCAGACCCACAGGACCCAGAGGACCAGACAGAGCCAGACCCACAGGACCCAGAGGACCAGACAGAGCCAGACCCAGGGGGACACAGUCCUGCUGAGGAGGGGUAGUGGAGGAGAGGCCCCCCAGGGGCCUGAGGGACCCGAGGCUAGGGCAGAGGUGUACGGGGGGUCCGAGGUUAGGGCAGAGGGAUCCGGGGGGACAGAGGAUGUGGUAGAGACACGGACGUCUCAGGGUGGACCGGGGUGA